AGUCGAUGUUGGGAAACUGCGCGUGUCAGUUCAGUUCCGUGUUCUGGCGUUGACGUUUCGUUUUGGGAAAUAGAAAAACAUCAAUAUUCGAUUAAAUUAUAAAACCUAUAAUUCGUUUUUUCAAUAAGUGAAUGUUUUCCGUUAAGUUGUGGUGAUAGUCGGUGAAUUUGUUUAGUAUAGUGAGCCUUACACAGUUUUUAAUUUAUACCGAAUGAUGUAAAGUAGAGAGUACUGAAAUUUAAGAAAGUGUUAAAGAAGUACCAAAAUGUUUUAUAAAGGCGGGUAAACUGAUUGUACCUUAUGACAAAUUGGCUGAGAUCAACUUUUCGUUCUUUUGAUUUUGCUUUUUCGUUAUUAUACCCCUUUAAAAUUCUCGCUCCGCCAAUCGGCGAUCACGACGAAAAUAAACAAGAAAUCGAUACUUCGAUAAAUUCCGCUCGCGAAACAAAAAGUGCUGAUAUAUUAGAUAACUGUGAAGAUUGGGAAGAUAUCUACAUCAAGAUGAAGGCCAACUUGAGAAGAAGGAACAGUAAGAGGUUCGUAAUUGGCGAGGGAGAAGAUGACGAAGGGCUGCAACUACCUGAUAUUACUCUUACUCACGUGGAAAGCUCCAGCGAAAACCUGGAAGAGAAGUGGAAUGAGCAGCCGAUCAAUGACCGAUUGAGACUUCGCGUAAACCAUCAGAACUCCUUAACGCCUAGUAUGUCCCAAGGGACUGUUAUGCUACAUUCUAGACAAGAAGAAAAGAACUUCACAGUAGCUACUCCAGAAGAAUUCGUGAAGAGGUUUAACGGAACUAGAGUUAUUAAUAAGGUACUAAUAGCAAACAACGGAAUAGCAGCAGUAAAAUGUAUGAGAUCAGUGAGAAGAUGGUCAUACGAGAUGUUCAAAAACGAAAGGGCGGUGAGGUUCGUCGUAAUGGUGACUCCCGAAGAUCUAAAAGCCAACGCAGAGUACAUCAAAAUGGCGGAUCACUAUGUUCCAGUACCAGGCGGAACCAACAACAACAAUUACGCCAAUGUCGAACUUAUUGUGGACAUCGCUGUCAGAUGUCAAGUGCAGGCUGUGUGGGCCGGUUGGGGACACGCCUCCGAGAAUCCGAAAUUACCUGAAUUGCUGCACAAAAACAAUGUCGUGUUUAUUGGUCCAAACGAAAAAGCUAUGUGGGCUUUAGGAGAUAAGAUCGCUUCCUCAUUGGUUGCUCAAACCGCAGAAGUACCUACACUACCUUGGUCUGGUUCAGGUUUAACUGCCCAGUAUAGUGGAAAGAAAAUAAAGAUUUCAUCAGAGCUCUUCGCUAGAGGUUGCGUCCAUACUGCCGAAGAAGGUCUAGCAGCAGCUCACAAAAUCGGUUUUCCUGUUAUGAUUAAGGCUUCAGAAGGUGGUGGUGGUAAAGGUAUCAGGAAAGUAGAACAGGCUGACGAUUUUGCUGCAGCUUUUAGACAGGUACAAACAGAAAUUCCAGGUUCUCCCAUUUUUGUCAUGAAAUUGGCCAAAUGCGCAAGGCAUUUGGAAGUGCAAUUGCUGGCUGAUAUGUACGGCAAUGCUAUUUCUCUCUUCGGACGUGAUUGCUCCAUUCAAAGAAGACAUCAGAAAAUCAUCGAAGAAGCUCCAGCUGUUAUAGCAGAACCGUCAGUCUUUGAGGAUAUGGAAAGAGCUGCUGUAAGAUUAGCAAAAAUGGUCGGUUACGUCUCAGCAGGUACCGUAGAAUAUUUGUACGAUCCCUCUGGUCAAUACUUCUUCCUGGAGCUGAAUCCUAGGCUGCAAGUAGAGCAUCCUUGUACAGAGAUGGUGUCUGAUGUUAAUUUACCAGCUGCUCAACUGCAGAUUGCCAUGGGCUUACCGCUACAUUACAUCAAGGAUAUCAGAUUACUUUACGGAGAAUCGCCGUGGGGAAUGAGUGAAAUCGAUUUUGAUCAACCCAGACACAAACCACAACCUUGGGGACAUGUCAUCGCUGCUAGAAUUACCUCAGAAAACCCUGACGAAGGUUUCAAACCCAGUUCUGGUACCGUUCAAGAACUUAAUUUCCGUUCGUCAAAGAACGUUUGGGGUUAUUUCUCCGUAGCUGCUUCAGGAGGUCUGCACGAAUUUGCCGAUUCCCAGUUCGGUCAUUGUUUCUCUUGGGGGGAAAACAGAGAACAAGCCAGAGAGAAUUUGGUGAUCGCCCUCAAAGAGCUGUCCAUCAGAGGAGACUUCAGAACGACUGUUGAGUACUUGAUUACACUUUUGGAAACCAAAAGCUUCCAGGAAAACACUAUCGAUACAGCGUGGUUGGACAUUUUGAUAUCUGAAAGAAUGCAAUCUGAAAAACCGGAUAUUAUGUUAGGGGUGAUGUGUGGUGCGCUUCACAUCGCUGAUAUUGCCAUCACCAAUGCAUUCCAAGACUUCCAGACCUCUUUAGAAAAAGGACAAAUCCAAGGUUCCAAUACUUUAACUAACGUGUUGGAUAUUGAACUGAUUAAUGAUGGCAAUAAAUACAAAGUACAAGCAACGAAGAGCGGAGCCAAUAGCUAUUUUCUGCAAAUGAACGGAUCGUUUAAGGAAAUCGAAAUUCAUCGUCUAAAUGAUGGUGGAAUAUUAUUAUCUGUGGAUGGUGCUUCCUUCACAACUUACAUGAAAGAAGAAGUAGACCGCUAUCGAAUAGUGAUCGGUAACCAAACUUGCAUUUUCGACAAAGAAAAUGACCCUACUAUCCUAAGAUCUCCCUCAGCUGGUAAACUUAUUGGUUAUGUAAUAGAGGAUGGCGGUCACGUCAACAAAGGGCAAGCGUAUGCAGAAAUCGAGGUUAUGAAAAUGGUUAUGACCUUAACAGCCAACGAAUCAGGUAUAGUGAGCUACGUCAAGCGUGCAGGAGCUGUCCUAGACGCAGGCUCCAUUAUUGCAUCUCUAGAAUUAGACGAUCCUAGUCUCGUAACCAAAGCCGUCCUAUACAAGGGGACUUUCUCAGACCUGGACGUAUCUCAACCGAUCGUCCCAGAAAAACUCAAUCGUAUUCAUAGUAGCUUCAGGACUGCUUUGGAAAAUACUCUUGGAGGUUAUUGCUUACCUGAUCCAUACAACGCUCCACGUUUAAGAGAAGUGAUUGAGAAGUUUAUGUCCUCAUUGAGAGAUCCUAGCCUUCCUUUGUUGGAACUACAAGAAGUGAUGGCAUCCAUUUCCGGUCGUAUUCCCGCAGCUGUCGAAAAGAAAAUUAGAAGGCUGAUGGCUUUAUACGAAAGAAAUAUCACGUCCGUUUUGGCCCAAUUCCCUAGUCAACAAAUUGCUAGUGUUAUUGACACUCAUGCAGCCAGUAUGACUAAGAGAACAGAAAGAGAUGCCUUCUUUUUAGCCACCGAAGGAAUCAUACAACUUGUGCAAAGGUAUCGAAAUGGUAUCCGUGGUCGCAUGAAGCACGCCGUCCAAGAACUGCUCAAACAAUAUUACGAAGUCGAAAGUCAAUUCCAACACAGUUCCUACGAUAAAUGCGUCUCGCUCUUACGCGACAAACAUAAGGACGACAUGUCCGCCGUAACUGCAACGAUCUUCUCGCACAGUCAAGUCUCGAAAAAGAAUCUCCUCGUCACGAUGCUCAUCGAUCAUCUGUGGAGCAACGAACCCGGAUUAACGGAUGAAUUAGCGAGUUGCCUUACAGAACUGACGUCUCUAAACAGAAGCGAACAUUCCAGAGUGGCUCUUAGGGCUAGGCAAGUGCUGAUCGCAGCCCAUCAACCUGCUUAUGAGUUGCGACACAACCAAAUGGAGAGCAUUUUCUUAUCGGCUGUAGAUAUGUACGGGCAGGAGUUCCACCCCGAAAACCUUCAAAAAUUGAUCGUGUCUGAAACUUCAAUCUUCGACAUUCUCCACGAUUUCUUCUACCAUACCAACAGAGCCGUCUGUAAUGCCGCCCUCGAGGUAUAUGUCAGAAGAGCUUUUACAAGCUACGACAUUAGCUGUCUGCAACAUUUGGAACUUAGUGGUGAAGUACCAGUAGUACAUUUCACAUUUACUUUACCCCCUUCACAUCCCAACAGGUUAGUUAAAUUGAGUUCCGUCCUGGAAUCGGCAGAAGAACCGGUUGAACCAGACCCUAACGAAGUAAAGAUUGUCGACACUUUCCAUAGAACCGGUUGUAUGGCUGCUUUCGACAACCUACAACAUUUUGAGCAAAGUGCUGACGAAAUUUUGGAUUUGAUUGAAGAUUUUGCGAGUCCUGCUACUAUUUCAGCUAAAGACUUAAAUGCAGUGGAAAGCGGCUCAGAAUCAAGGGGAAAUAGCACUUCCAUCAAUGUUAGUUUGUCUUUGGAAGCUAGAAGACCUAGCGCGGAUGAACAUAUAAUCGAAGAACCAAACCAUAUUCUGAUGGUUUGCAUCAAAGACGAUGGGGAUAAAGACGAUUCCACUAUGAGUAAAAUGUUCGCUGCUUUCUGUGCAAGACAUAAGGACGAACUGAUCGCUCGACACAUUCGAAGGAUCACCUUUUCGCCACUCAAACACAAACAGUCACCCAAAUUCUUCACCUAUAGAGCUAGAGAAAGUUUCGUGGAAGACAGAAUUUACCGGCAUUUGGAACCAGCUUGCGCCUUCCAGUUGGAGAUGAACAGAAUGAGAUCCUACAGCUUAGAAGCUUUACCUACUUCUAACCAAAAGAUGCAUUUGUAUCUUGGCAAAGCAAGGGGAGCUGGUGGAAAAGAAAUAACAGAUUACCGAUUCUUUAUUAGAUCUAUUAUCAGACAUUCAGAUCUUAUUACCAAAGAAGCUUCUUUUGAAUAUUUACAAAACGAAGGAGAAAGAGUAAUUUUAGAGGCUAUGGAUGAAUUGGAAAUUGCUUUCUCACAUCCACAAUCGAAAAGAACCGAUUGCAACCACAUUUUCCUUAAUUUUAUUCCAACGGUUAUUAUGGAUCCAGCCAAGAUUGAAGAAGCUGUUACAAAUCUCGUGAUGCGCUACGGACCUCGUUUAUGGAAACUCAGAGUAUUGCAGGCCGAAAUAAACUUAACAAUCAGACCAUCGCCUAACGCAAACACGUCCAAAAUUCGAUUGUGUAUCGCAAACGACAGUGGUUAUUAUUUAGAUAUUAGUAUGUAUACCGAGGUACCUGAUCCCGAAACGGGUAUUAUCAAGUUCCAAGCUUACGGAGAUAAGCAAGGCCCUCUGCACGGUUUACCCAUUUCGACCCCAUACAUUCCCAAAGAUUAUCUGCAACAGAAACGGUUCCAAGCUCAAUCUAUCGGAACCACGUACGUGUACGAUUUCCCCGACAUGUUCAGACAAGUGGUGGAUUUACAGUGGAAGCAAUUCACGCAAGCAAGAUUGAAUGAAAACAUCACAAUUCCAGACAAGUUGAUGGACAUCGUGGAACUCAUUCUUGACCCAGAAACUGAAAGUAGACUGAUCGAACAAAAGAGAGUUCCCGGAGAAAAUAACGUUGGUAUGGUAGCGUGGAGACUCACUCUGUAUACACCGGAAUAUCCAACCGGUAGAGACAUUAUCGUCAUCGCCAACGACGUUACCUACUUGAUUGGAUCUUUUGGGCCACGCGAAGAUAAGGUUUAUGGAUUGGCGAGUGAGAUAGCAAGGAAAUUAAAGAUUCCAAGGAUUUAUCUCUCGGCCAACAGUGGUGCCAGAAUCGGUUUAGCAGAAGAAGUAAAGGCCAUUUUUAGGGUCGCAUGGGAAGAUAAUAAGGAGCCAGAUAGAGGCUUUAGAUAUUUAUACUUGACUCCCGAAGAUUAUGCCAAAGUAAGCUCCACGAAUUCGGUGAGGGCUGUUUUAAUUGAAGAUGAAGGAGAAUCUCGAUACAAAAUUACAGAUAUUAUAGGUAAAGAGGAUGGAUUAGGUGUUGAGAACUUAAAAUACGCCGGUAUGAUAGCCGGUGAAACGUCCGCUGCUUAUGAAGAAGUUGUUACGAUUUCGAUGGUAACUUGCAGAGCCAUUGGUAUUGGUUCCUACCUAGUUCGUCUAGGACAGAGAACUAUUCAAAUCGAAAAUUCUCCUAUUAUUCUUACCGGAUAUGCUGCUUUGAAUAAAUUACUGGGACGAGAGGUGUAUGCCUCUAAUAAUCAACUUGGAGGAAUUCAAAUAAUGUACAACAACGGUGUAACUCACAAAACGGACCAAACCGAUUUAGAGGGUAUUUACACAAUAUUGAGAUGGCUUUCAUAUAUUCCAAAGGACAAACUGUCUCCCCUACCAAUAGUUAGUCCCGUAGAUCCAAUCGAUAGAGAAGUUACUUUUACUCCAACAAAAACACCAUACGAUCCAAGAUGGAUGCUGGAAGGAAGACAAUCUCCCAACGAUAGCAACAUUUGGGAGAGUGGAUUCUUCGACAAAGGUUCCUGGUCGGAAAUAAUGCAGCCGUGGGCUCAAACCGUAGUUGCUGGUAGAGCUAGAUUGGGAGGUAUACCUGUGGGAGUUAUUGCAGUAGAAACUAGGACUGUAGAACUGACGCUACCUGCCGAUCCUGCCAAUUUGGAUUCUGAAUCAAGGACCGUAUCUCAAGCUGGUCAAGUAUGGUUCCCAGAUUCUGCUUAUAAAACCGCUCAAGCUAUUAAAGACUUUUCUAGAGAAGACCUCCCAUUAAUAAUCUUCGCCAAUUGGAGGGGUUUCAGUGGAGGAAUGAAAGAUAUGUACGAACAGAUUGUCAAAUUUGGUGCCUAUAUCGUGGACGGAUUGAGGGAAUACAAACAACCAAUCAUCAUAUAUAUUCCUCCUAAUGGUGAACUUCGAGGAGGUGCUUGGGCAGUCGUAGAUCCAACUAUUAAUUCUAGGUAUAUGGAGAUGUUUGCAGAUAAUGAUAGCAGGGGUGGUAUUUUGGAACCCGAAGGUAUAGUCGAAAUUAAAUUCCGCAAAAAAGACUUGGUCAAAGCUAUCCACCGCAUAGAUCCCACCGUCAAAGAAUUAGACGAGCAAGUCAACCAGAUAAUGAGGGAACUUCCUCGAGAUCGUUCUGCUAGCAUUACACAACCUCGUGAACGAUCCGCCAGCAUCACUGCCACCGUCGAAAGACCCAAACCUCCAGAAGUAGUUGGUCUAGAAAAGAAAAUCCAACAAAGAGAAAACUUCCUUUUACCUAUGUACCAUCAAGUGUCGGUACAUUUCGCAGAUCUGCACGAUACUCCUGAGAGGAUGUUAGAGAAAGGGGCUAUCAAUGAAAUCGUACCGUGGAGAAAAUCUAGGAAAAUAAUCUAUUGGCGUCUGAGGAGACGUCUUCUUGAAGAAAGAGUAAUCAAAGCACUUAUGGAAGUCCAACCAGAAUUGGCAGUAGGACAAGGGGAAGCAAUGCUCAGGAGGUGGUUUGUGGAAGACAAAGGUGCUUCUGAGGGAUAUAAAUGGGACAAGAAUGAAGUGGUAGUUCAAUGGAUCGAAGAGCAGUUACAGAAACCAUCACACGAAUCCAUUAUAAGCCACAAUAUACAUGCUGUAAAGAAAGACGCAGUUCUCAAUAAUAUUAAAUCUACUUUAGAGGAUUGUCCAGAUGUCGCAUUGGAUGCGGUCGUAGCUAUAAUAGAAAAACUAAGUGACAACCAAAAAGCAGAAGUGAUACGAACACUAUCCCAAUUGGGUUCGCUAGAAAAUAUAGAUUAGUUUGUACAAAAUAGGACUGAUAUUUUCUUAGAAUUUUAUACUUCAGGGAAUUUUUAUUUAAUAAUACGGCAACGAGUAAGCAAAAACAAAACUAUGUAGUUAGUUUCAUUUUUCAUUUGAUAAUAUUAUCAAUAGACUUCUAUGUGUUGCUAAUAAAGUUACACUAAACAUAGAAUAGAGGGGAAAACUGAGUUUUUACGUCAAAUUUAAUGAAUAUCAAUCUGAAGUUAGGUACGUCAUUUUAGAUUGUUGGUUAGGUAUGUAGGUGACGCUAUAACACCGAAGAGUAGACAUCUAAACGCAAAAUGAAUGUCAAUGUACAUCAUAGUUCACUUGCACUUGCAGUAGUAAAUACUAAAUACAGGCAGAUAUUAUUCUAGUUGCCUUGAUUGACAUUUGAAUCUACAUUUUACGGAUUGUGAUAUAUUAAUGUGACGUCAUAGUUUCAGUUGGUUAUCUUGAAAAGUUGUAACUGUUAUCUGAUCUGCCAUCAUACGUCAUUGCAUCUAUCUCGAGACAAAUUGUUUAUCUCAUAUCUUAUUUACCGAUUGUAUGAUAUUUAUCUUUCUUUAACUUACGACAUUAAAUGAAUAAAUGGACCAAAGCACUUACGAUGAAAUUCAAUGUCCCAACUCAGCACAUAGUUCCAUAAAGAAAACAAAUUAGUACAAAAACUACUUCCAGUAUCAAAUGUAUAUGUGCUUUUCAAAGAGUUCUUCGUUUGAACGCAAUACUUAUCGGCCAGUUUCUGAAAUUUUCUACGUUUUAUACACAAAAAAAUUCAGUAAGUUCAUAUAUUUUUCCCCUGUAGCAAAGAACUCAUUAAUGAUAAAAAGGGUCGUUUUUGUUGCUGUGGAUUGUCGUAAUGUACAUUAUUUGAUGGAAUUCCGUCUAAUGUUACCUUUUGGUGAUAUUCUAGAUAUAUUUGUCUUAUAGAGAAACGGCAGGAUGAACCACACCGUUCACGACUGUAUAGGACUUUUCAUCAGCAGCCAUGUUUUUCGUACAGACAGAUUUGACAAUGACGUAUGAUAUCUAUUAUACGUCAUACGUACUGGUUUAUAAAUUUAUAAAGAAAUAUUUAUUAAAUAAAUAUUUUUUAUUUAAUAAAGAAAUAACAUGAUUUAUAUAGAAAUAAAGGUCUUAGAAAAUUUUAAAAAUAAUAUAUGUAUUGUCUUUAAAUAAUUUAGAACAGUGGUUCUCAAACUUUUUUAGUUGCGGCACCCUUGUAGGACUAAAAAUAUUUCGAGGCACACCAACCCUUGAAGCGAUUUUUGAAACGACAAAAAAUGAAAAAAAUACAAUUCUGAUGAUGAUUUGAUUUCAAUAUAAACUUUAUUUCAGAUCAAUAAAAUACAAUAUAUUUGAUAUUCAAAUAUCCUUACUUAAUGUGAUGAAUGAAACUGUUUCGAUCAUGUUUUCAUUACAUCCUUUAUGGGAAUCUGAGUUCCCAGGUAUUCACAAAAUAGGAUUCAUCAUCAUCAAUACACAAGCCAGUUCGAAACAUUAAUGAUAAAAUUUAGGAAUUCAUCACUUGAAAACUGCUUCCCCUUCAACCAAUGGACUCUUUGCUUCACCACAAUACUCAAAGAUAUCAUUAUCUAAUUUCCAUUUUUAAAUGAUAUAAAUAAUUCGUCUUAAACCAAACUAAACAUGGAAAAGCAAUGGUACAUUCGACCAUUCUGUUAUGUUUGUUUAUACCAUCGAGCAAAAAGAUAAAAGAGGGAAUGUAAAGGUAGUGGGGACAAAAAUAUUGUUAGACAGGAAGUGCUAUCUUGAGAGGCCACUUUAAACAAGGAUAGACUGUCUCUUUCCUUGUUUAAGAAGUCAAAUUUAGUUUGGUUAUGUUAUUGUUUGUUCCAACUGUCACAUGAAAUUUUAUUUAUAUUAAAGUUUUUUACCAAUUGUGUCACUUUUAAGACUAUUAUCGUUAAUAUUUAAUUAAAACUUUCUUGUCUGAAAAAUAUUUUACAGCUAUUGUUAACAAGUGUUGGAAAAUUUAAAUUUAGCGCCUUUGCAGUUCCGGAUAUGCCCGCCAUCAGAGGCCACUUUUUUGGUCUCCUUUUCAUAACGAUUAGAUUCCCUCUUUAUCUUUUUGCUCAAUGGUUUAUACCAUUUAUAUCGGCCAUGACACUGCAAUCGACCCGCCCUCUACAUUCAGUUUCAAUCGCGAAUAGUCAACACAACAAACAUUUGUCGAUACAAAAGUUUAUACAACUACUAUGAGAUAAACAAAUAUUAGAUGGCUAUAAUAAUUUGUCAGCAAUAUAUUCCACUGUCUCAAGGUUAAUUGCAAGUUAAACUGAUAAAUAAUAUUGGGCUUAUUGAGACUUCUGUUUUAUAAAAAAUAAUUCCAUAGUCUUUUGUUUUAUUAUUAGAAUAUACUUUAAUGAGUUUCGUUCGAACACUAUCUUAAUUUAUUUGCAUUGUCGUUUUAAAUAUAAAAUGAAAAAGUAGUUAGAUAUUUUAAGUAACUUAAGCCUAUAAGAAUAGAGGUGCUAGUUUUGAUAUUAAAAUGUAUAUUUUUAUAAGAAUCUCUUGUGGUUACCUUCUGAUAGUUUUUUUUUUUGUAAAAUUCGUCUCAUUAUUGAUAGUUAUAAAGUAGGUAGGCACACGAUAGUAUACUUUUCCAAUUUACAAUAAUAUCUACAUAAGUAAAGAGCAGAAUUCUUAAUAGGUAUUUAACUAAUGUGUUAAUAAUAUCGGCUAUUUCUGGAACGGUUAAAUACACAUCUUUGUCAAUAUCCAUCUUAAUAUUUAAAUCGGGGCUAGGCAACCAAUAAAUAAAUGACACUGACAGGUAGUGAUUAAGAGAAUACUUGAUAUUUUGCUUACAUGCAAGUUUGGUUGCCUAUAUUAGUAUGAUGCAUUAAUAGCAGAGGACGUUUAUACCAUUUUGUGUACUAUAACCGGUCGAUUGGAAAAAAUUGUCUUGAGAGAAAAAAAUUUAAUACAGAUAUCUUCAGAGAAAUGGAAUGUCAACAAUUUAUUAUCUCAGAAAAAAGAUAGUGACCUACUGGCACAGAAUGCAGAAUAAUAGCAACUGUUUUCUCUCAAAAGACCUCGAGUGCCAUAGAUCCAGCAUGCUGGAGAGCAGGAACAUAUCGAUGACAAGUUAAGGAUUAACUCACACAAGUAUUUUUAAAAUCCCGUUCAUAUUGUGCCUACUUAUAAAAUUGUCUCUAAUUACAAACAGUUUUAUGUUAUUUUGUUAAUAAAUAUUGUAUUAAUCUUCACUUUUGUUCGAAAUCGUAUUUAUUGUAGCGACUUCAUUAAAUUUAUAAUGUUUGUUUGGAUUUUCAAUAUUUUUGAAAAGAAUUUCCAAUAAUUUAUGAAAACUGGUUUUCAAUAUUGAAAUAUUUUAAAAUAGUGAAUGAUGAUUGUUGUACAUUUUGUAUCUUACUCAAAUUCACCUGUAUAACACCGUGUCGUUCUGCUCGAUUAUGUAUAUAUUUGGAUAUAAAGCAAUUAUUUUUGUAUAACAAAAUUUUAGACCUAUUAUGUUUGAUUAGAAUGCUUGUAAGUAACUUGUAUUUUUUGUUUAUUUAUUUCCCUCAAUUUUGUCAAUUUUGUUGUUAAUAUUUGUUAAUAUUUUAUUUGUUAAUAAAGUAUUUUAAUGUUUGCCUUUAUA